GCUUCCAAGCCCUGGAGAAGGUCUAGACCCUAGUCACAUGUUCCUCCUCCAAGAAGUUUCCCAUGUUCCUUCCAGCAAGAAGGGCUCUCUCUCUCUUCUGAGCUUCCAUUUCUAUGCUGUGACCCUGUGCCAAGCAGUGUGAGGAAACUGAGGCCCAGAGAGUGACUUGACCAGGGUCAUCUCUAACAUGCAGAGCCCUGCCAUGAUGUCUCUGUUGCUUGUGUCCAUGGGCCUCAUGGAAGCACUUCAGGCCCAGAGCCACCCCAUCAUACGACGAGACCUCCUCUCUCGAGAAAUGCCCCUAGACAUGGCCCUGGCCUCCUUCGAUGACCAGUAUGCUGGCUGUGCCGCAGCCAUGGCGGCUGCUCUCCCGGAACUCAACCGCACAGAGUUCCAGGCCAACAAAGUGUACGCUGAUGGCUGGGCGCAGGCAAGCAGCCAGUGGCGGGAGCGCCAGGCCUGGGGGCCCGAGUGGGGCGUCAGCCCUACCCGUCUGCUCGUCCCCCUGGGCUUCCGAGAAGAGCACGGGGUGGCCCUCCUGGCUUACACGGCCAACAGCCCCUUGCACAAAGAAUUCAACGCGGCCGUGCGUGAGGCGGGUCGCUCCCGGGCCCACUACCUCCAGCACUUCUCCUUCAAGACACUCCACUUCCUGCUGACCGAAGCCCUGCAGCUGCUGAGCAGCGGCCAGCGUCCACCCCAGUGCCACCAGGUGUUCCGAGGGGUGCAGGGCCUGCGCUUCCGGCCGGCCGGGCCAGGGGCCACCAUCAGGCUGGGGGGCUUUGCCUCCGCGUCCCUGCAGAAUACUGCAGCCCAGCACUUUGGGGAAGACACCUUCUUUGGCAUCUGGACCUGCCUUGGGGCCCCAAUCAAGGGUUAUUCCUUCUUCCCUGGGGAGGAGGAAGUGCUGAUCCCUCCCUUUGAGACCUUCCAGGUGAUCAACGCCAGCAGGCCAGCCCAGGGCCCCUCCCGCAUCUACCUCCGGGCCGUGGGCAAGCGCAGCACAUACAACUGCGAGUACAUCAAAGACAAGCAAUGCAAGUCUGAGCGCUGCCGUCUGGGUAACUCAGCCGUGGGUCAGAGCCCCCUUUCUGCAGUCUGGGCCCUUCUACUGCUGCUCUGGUUCCUUGUUGGUGAAGUCUUUCCAGAGAGUCCGGGCCUCCUCUAAUACGUCAGCCACUGAAUGGCUCUGCCUGUAGCCUCUGCCCAACACGAGGAUGUCAGCCACAUGCGUGCUCUGAGUGUGGCGACGAUCUGGGGUAACUCCAUCUGCGGGAAACUCUGGGACCUUCUCUGGUGGCUGCCGGGCCUGAUAGCAGGAAGAAGAAAAUGUGGGGACUGAGCCUCUCCCAGGGGUCUAGGAGUCAGAUGCUGAAGAGAGGUGGGGGGACUGCAGGACAGGUAAUCACUCACCUGGAGAUAGAUUAUAGUAGUUCGGAGGCAUAGUGAUUGGAGAGAAAAGUACUUGGCCAUGGUAUUCACUGAUGUUACUCAAAUGCCUCCCAUGUGCACCUGGACAGCUCCUUUUCGCUCUUCCAGAAAGACUUCUCUGACUCUCCUCCUUGCUAGGUUAGGGGCCCUGCCUCUGGUCUCCCAUCUGAGGGCAGGGACUGCGUCCAAGGUACGCAGGUGGUCCCAGAAAACACGUGGAAGUCAGAAAGGAACAAACACCUUGUGAGUGGCUGGUCUUUGUCCUGCCCCUACCUUGGGCACCUUCAAGCUCUCUGGACGUCACUGUGUGACGCUCACACAGUGAGAACGCAGAAGGAUUGGACCUAAAUCCAGAGAGGAGAGAGCAGGGAAACAGCAGAGAGACCUUUAGGGAUCUCAAUCAAAUGCCAAUCAUUUUCUUAUCAGCAAAGAUGUAAUUUCCACUCCGAUUCAUGGGUCCUCAGGUCCCUAAGAGGCUGGAUUCCCAACUUGCACCACCAAGAGCCUAAGGGUAAGACAGGACAUGGAGGAGAUGCGAGGCACACAUUACUUUAUUAUGAGCUGGAGCUUUGGGGCCAAGUCCUUAUGUGGCCUCCUGCUGUGGAAAGUGGACCAGGAACCCUGUAUCCCCAGUCACCUUCUCUGAGCCCCUAGACAGGGUCAGGCUAGACCGAGUCUCUGUAACAGCAGCCACAGGGGAAGGAAGAGAAGACAGGAAAUGGGGCAAGGUUGUCAUGCCUUCACACUCCCCACUGAAAGUGUCUAAACUCAGCACUGAAGUUCAGUUCUGUCCCUCCCAAACUGCACUUCGAUCUUGACCCUUCUCAGAGUUCCUCCUCUGCAGGAAUCAGGGGAGCAGCAAGCUCUGAUUUCCCUUAGAGGUUAGAGUGUGGAGGAGAUGAUGAAUACUCCUGGUCCAUGAAGUGAGUAGUGCUGAAGAGAGGAUGUCCCAGGCUCCUAGGCCCAGUGGAGAGAUGCCGGGUGGCCUGAGGGUUGACCACCACCUGGCCUGGCUGAUCCAUCCCCAUCUGGAGGUGCUGUGGCUGCAGCAGACCCCCGGGACUCACAGGGCCCGCACCAGCACCAGAAGGCUCAUGACCAGAGCCAUGGAGAAGAAGACGCCCAGGAAGAAACGGUCCAUGACCCGGGCCAGGCGCUUCCAGUCCUCAUGGCGGCGCUGGGCAGCCCGGUGGCUGUGGAAGGCAUUGGCGAUGGCAGCCACGUGACGCAGUAGGGCUUCCUGACGGCACAGACACCGGGGCUCAUGGCAGGGACCUGCUGGGGGGCCA